UAAGCUGCACCUUCUUGGGGAUCCAGGCACACACCGCGCUACGUGUCACUGAGUCUCGGGCAGAAUGACUGUUUUCUGCACCAGCUCACGGCAGAAUCUUUGGCUUUGGAAAGCCCAGGUGAUGGGUAUCCCGGGCCCACCAACCCUCCUGAUGCUAAUCUGGCCCGUAGACACACCUGGUUGAGGAAGUGUCCUAUCUGGAUCCAGACACCUUGGUGGGUGUCCCCUUUCCUGCCACUGAUUUCAUGUCUGAGCGGCGCCGGCUGUGAGAAAGUUCCAUCGUUCACAGCACUCUUGAAAAACCUCUUCCAGGAAUGUUUACCCACCGGCCUGUUCUGCCCCUGGGUCUCUACAGAACCAGUCUGGUCUCUUCCACAGACAUGGAGUCCACAGCCUACACUCUCAAUCUGACCCUAAAAGAAGAAGAAGAGGAAGAAGAGAUUCAGAGCCGGGACCUGGAGGAUGGCCCCACAGAUAUGCAGAAAGUCCGGAUCUGCUCCGAGGGUGGAUGGGUGCCCGCCCUAUUCGAUGAGGUGGCCAUAUAUUUUUCCGAUGAGGAGUGGGAAGUUUUGACCGAGCAACAGAAGGCCCUCUACCGGGAAGUCAUGAGGAUGAAUUAUGAAACUGUCCUGUCCCUGGAAUUCCCAUUCCCUAAGCCAGACAUGAUCACUCGGUUGGAAGGGGACGAGGAGUCUCAGAAUUCUGACGAGUGGCAGCUCCAAGGAGGACCUUUGGCAGAACCCGAGGAGUCGGAGGUCAAGGCCGCGGACUGGGCAGGUCCCGUGAGCGCCGCCUCGCAGUUUCCCCAGCCCCAGCCCCUGGACGGGCUGGGCCUGCGGCUGCCCCGCGACCUCACGGAGCUGCCCGAGUGGAGCGAGGGCUACCCCUUCUACAUGGCCAUGGGCUUCCCGGGCUGCGAGCUCUCGGCGGACGACCUCGCCGGCAAGUUCCAGUUCAGCCGGGGCAUGCGGCGCAGCUACGACGCGGGCUUCAAGCUCAUGGUGGUGGAGUUCGCCGAGAGCACCAACAACUGCCAGGCGGCCAAGCAGUUCGGGGUGCUGGAGAAGAACGUCCGCGACUGGCGCAAGGUGAAGCCGCAGCUGCAGAACGCGCACGCCAUGCGCCGCGCCUUCCGCGGCCCCAAGAACGGCCGCUUCGCCCUGGUGGACCAGCGAGUGGCCGAGUACGUCAGGUACAUGCAGGCCAAGGGCGACCCCAUCACCCGCGAGGCGAUGCAGCUGAAGGCCCUGGAGAUCGCGCAGGAGAUGAACAUUCCGGAGAAGGGCUUCAAGGCCAGCCUGGGCUGGUGCCGGCGCAUGAUGCGGCGGUACGACCUGUCCCUGCGACACAAGGUGCCGGUGCCGCAGCAGCUGCCCGAGGACCUGACGGAGAAGCUCGUCACCUACCAGCGGAGCGUGCUGGCGCUGCGCAGGGCGCAUGACUACCAGGUGGCCCAGAUGGGCAACGCCGACGAGACGCCCAUCUGCCUCGAGGUGCCGUCGCGUGUCACGGUGGACAACCAGGGCGAGAAGCCGGUGCUGGUCAAGACGCCCGGCAGGGAGAAGCUCAAGAUCACGGCCAUGCUGGGGGUCUUGGCGGACGGGCGGAAGCUGCCGCCCUACAUCAUCCUGCGGGGCACGUACAUCCCGCCCGGCAAGUUCCCGAGCGGGAUGGAAAUCCGCUGCCACCGCUACGGCUGGAUGACGGAGGACCUGAUGCAGGACUGGCUGGAGGUGGUGUGGCGGCGGCGGACGGGCGCGGCGCCCAAGCAGCGCGGGAUGCUCAUCGUCAACGGCUUCCGCGGCCACGCCACCGACUCGGUCAAGAGCUCCAUGGAGAGCAUGAACACCGACAUGGUGAUCAUCCCCGGCGGCCUGACCUCGCAGCUGCAGGUGCUGGACGUGGUGGUCUACAAGCCGCUCAACGACAGCGUCCGGGCCCAGUACUCCAACUGGCUGCUGGCCGGCAACCUGGCGCUCAGCCCCACGGGCAACGCCAAGAAGCCGCCCCUGGGUCUCUUCCUGGAGUGGGUCAUGGUCGCCUGGAACAGCAUCUCCAGUGAGUCCAUCGUCCAGGGCUUCAGGAAGUGCCACAUCUCCAGCAACUUGGAAGACGAAGAUGACGUCCUGUGGGAGAUCGAGAGCGAGCUUCCAGGAGGCGGGGAGGCGCCCAAGGAAUGCGAGGCGGAGGCGGCAGCGGAGGGCAACUGACCUGAGGGGAGAGCCCAGGUAAUGGGGGGCCCCAAGGACCACUUGGCGCCUCCAGUGACAGCCUCUUCGGGUUCCCCAGACACCCCUCCUCUUGCCGCUACUGUCUCCUGUUCCAAGAGCUCUCUAGCCUGGGGUCAGGGCGCCACCGACACCCCGCCACGGGCUUCUCCCUGACAUCAGCCUGCGGUUGCCUGGCUUAUCUGUGGGUGUUGGACCGGAAGCGCUUGUACCAUACCUAAAAUGAACAGGGUCAGCUACCAGAAUAUUUCCUCUGAGCGCCGUCCUGCGCAAAUUAUUUGGGCCUGAAAGGAUAUAGUCUGACAUUGCUCAUUUAAACAAAAAGUUUUGUCCUGAA